AUGAAAUAUGAUUUAAACUGUGCCGAUAUAUCUCAAAGCCGCUUUAAUAGCUUUUAUGCACCUGAAAAAGAUCGCAAGCAUAGUUGGAAGUGUCCUGAAUGUUGCAGUAAGCAACCUAAAGUGUAUAAUACUAACAGCCCCAUCCAACCUGCUGCUCGUCGCGACCUUGUGGAAACCGGAGACCUUGACAACACCUUUGGUACUGGAAACUUGGGAACCCACUCCGGAAAUAUCACCCUGAGGAAUCUCGAUCUGGCAAAGUCAAUUUCUCUCGUUGACUGCUCAUCGGAGGAACCUGGGAAUGGCGGCGAUUACAUUACUGAAACUAAGCUGAGAAGCUUCAACAGGAACUCGCGGGAGCACUUCGUUUAA